GCGGACGAGAAGAAGGCCAGCCCGGACCAGACGGCCAGCUGCGCCUGCAGGGCUGGGUCUGGCCCGUGUGAGUCGGAGAAGUGCCUCAACCGCGGCCAAUGCGCCGGUCCCCGAGGUCGACCACCAAGCGCCGGGGAGCAGGAUCCGAUGUCGCAGAGGGAAUCUGCGCCUCGCCAGCCCCAUAACUCUCCCUCGUCCUUCAAACCGCCUGCCGCCGGCGCCGGAGACCACUACGCUUCACCGACGGCUCAGCGCCCUGGCGCUGGACCCGGCCACGACAGCGCCCGAGCCGGCGAUGCUCAUCAGGAGCAGACCGCCGCCGCCGCCGCCGCCGCCGCGCAGCCCUCAAAUCCACCCCGACAGCAACCACCUCAUAAUCCUCCGUCAAGACCCGGCAACAUGCGCGACAUCCUGAACCCAGCCACCUCCUCGUCACAGGGCCAGAACGGCACACCAAUAGACCCCUACCCUCGCCCCGGACCCAACGAAUCCACCGGACCCCUGAGCGCCGGCGCGGCCCCCCCGCGGCCAGGCUCGCGAGGAGGGCCGCCGUAUCCCGGACCCGACUCUGCCCAGCGGGGCAUGACCUCCCUGCCCUCGCCUUCCUUCCCCUUCCCUCCCAGGGCAGCACCUUCUCCAUCUCCAUCACCCCUAACCACACCCUCGGUCACCCCGCGCCCCCUGCCGGACUCACAGUCGUCCUCGUACGCGGCAUGGACCGAGGAGCAGCAACAUCAGCAGCAACAUCAGCAGCAACAUCAGCAGCAACAUCAGCAGCAACAUCAGCAGCAGCAGCAGCAGCAGCAACAUCACCACCACCACCAACAGCAGCAGCAGCAGCAGCAGCAGCAGCAUGGGCACCACAACCCGAGCUUUCCUGGAAGACGGAUCUUGCCGGGUAUCAGCCGCUCCGUCAGCCUAGGGGGCCCUGGUGCGGUCAGAGGGAUGGACCAACAGAGACACUCCUUCUCCCGCUCGCGCAUGAGCUCGCCUUCUCACCACGCGCCCUCUCCACUCCACCAGAUCCCGCCUCUGUCGAGCAUACAGACCCACGGGCCGGCACCCCCGAUCCCGUACGCGAACGCCCCUCCCGGUCGCGAGAAUACCCCGUCCGGGCUUAGGUCGAUUUCGCAACCGCUCUACGGACCCAGCGACCACAGCCCCGCGAGCUCCCCCGACUCGGACGACGACGAUGACGACAGCAUGGGGCCGGACAGGAAGCGCGUCAACAUGGGGAGGCCGCCGAAGCCCGGGAGGUGGAUGCCCGGUGGGCGGGAUCAGGGGGGCUGGUAUUCGCAGGGCGGCCAGGCAGGAGGAGGCAUGAUGGCGGUGCCCAACGCAGGGACGCUGAUACGCGAUUUUGUGACGAGCGGGGGAGCCGAGGACGGCACUGGGCUGGCGCUCCAGAUCCAACCCGAGGGCGCCGAGGCCAUCCGCGUCGACGUGGACAUGUUCCAAGCGUCCAAGGAAGCCGACAACAAGAGGAAGCGCAACGCCAACGCGUCGCGUCGGUUCCGCGACCGCAAAAAGCAGGAGAUUCAAAUCAUCAAGGAGCAAAACGCGGAGCUGCAGAGGCAGAACGGCGACUACAAAAAGGAGCUGGAGGACAUGGAGGCGCGGCUAAACCGGGCCCAUGCCGAGCGUGACUUUUACCGCGACGAAAGGGGUAGGCUGCACAAUAUCGUCCGCCGCAACACGGACCUCCUGCGCGAGGCCGAGCAGACGGCUCCUCCCACCAGCCCGACCAUGUGGUCGGCCCUGCCGAGGCAUACCACCAGCUCUGCCCUCCCCGGCCCGGGCGAGAUGCAGCACCCUGGCUCGCGGGGCCCGUCGCAGCCCUCGUACGAGGCCAUCUACCACAGCGACGACUCCUCCCAGGGGGGGCGCAUGAGCCUGCCGCCCGUGCGUCGCCGCCGGACCGAUCAGGGGCCCGGCACCGACUUUGGCUCAGCCUCGUCGUACAGCGGCACCCCUUCCCAGAGCCCCCACCAAGGGCCGCAGCACCACAUCACCUACGGCCCUGGCCACCCUUACGGCGCCUCAGGCGGCGGCGGCGGCGGAGCCACGCCGUCUCCCCGGCUGGGACACCAGUCCCGCGGAGACCAGAGGCUGCCGCCGCUCAGGCUGGACCACCCCGCCGGCGGCCCGCACCUGGGCCCUCCCUCGCCGGCAGGUCUCUCGCCGCACCCGCAGCCGGGCCUCCUCCCGCGAGGCCCGCCCCCGAUCCUGCCCGUCGGCCCGUCGUCACACGGGCCGCAACACGGCCACCACGGCCCGCCGCCGCACCUGCAGCACCCGCAGCCGCACCACGGCCAGCCGCCUCCCUACCCCCAGCAGCAGCAGCAGCCGGAGCGCGCAGUGCCCGUGGAGACGGGCUGGGCCACCAUGAUGUCCCGCGCCCCGCCACGCGACCAGCAGCACCCACAGCGAUGAUAGAUUCGCUCCGCCUCACUCUUCGCUCUUCGCUCUUCGCUC